CCACUGUCCAUCAUACUUCAACAAAAUAGACUUACUGGACCUAAUUACAUAGAUUGGAAAAGAAACCUGGACAUUCAACCAACAGUUCUUACUGCUGAAAGCUAUAAAUAUGUACUGACUGAGCAGUGCCCUGAUGCACCUACUGGUGAAUCUACCCAAGAGGAGAUUGAAUAUCAUAGGAAAUGGGUAAAAGCAGAUGAGAUGGCGCGGUGUUACAUUUUGGCUUCAAUGUCAAAUGUAUUGCAACAUCAGCAUCAAGAUUUACCAACAGCCUAUGAUAUUAUGAACAAUCUCAAGGAACUCUUUGGUCAUCAAGAUAGGGCUUCUAGGCAAGAAGCCAUGAGAAAGAUAAUGACAGCCACCAUGCAAGAGGGUACUCCUGUAAGGGAUCAUAUCCUAAAGAUGAUGGCUUAUCUGAACGAGAUACAGAUCCUUGGAGGAGAAAUUGAUGGGGAAACCCAGAUCGAUAUGAUCCUCCAAACGCUACCUAGAAGUUUUGAGCAGUUCCGCCUGAACUAUAAUAUGAAUAAGAGGGUUUAUUCAUUAGCGGAACUACUGACAGAACUUCAAGCAGUCUGUGAAACACCCAAACUGAAUGGGCAGUGCCAGAUGACUCUACGAGGAUCGGAGAUGGAAGAAAGGGAACAGUCUUCAAGAUUGAGAAAUGAGACAUGA